UGAGACAAGGUCCGGCUCAAUCGGACAGUUUUCUGCAACUCAUUUAUGCAACUGAUUUUUAUGUUUAAGUAAAUCGCUCACGGUUUAAAGUUCUGUAAAGCAGAUACCGGAAACAUGGCGAGGUUAUACACGACUCUUUUUACUUUUGACAGGUGAUGCGGAACUUAUUGGGCACCCAUAUGGGUCACGCAUCUCUAUACACGAUGUGUCAAAUGUUGGAAGAACCGACUUUAAAGCAAGACAGUGGUCUGUUGCGAGGCGCCGUAUUUUUCAUUAACAUGGGCCUUUGGUGUACGCAUCCGAUAGUGAAUUUGAAGUGCCCUCCCAGUUCCGUGCUGCCGUCAAUUCAGCAAGCGGUGGAGUCGAACCAACCAAUCGUAACGUACGAGGUCAUGCUGAGCAUGCAAGGACUGAUCACUAAUCUUGGUUUACAACUUCACGAUCCGGAAUGGGACAUUAUUAUUACAAUUUUGUCGAUAAUAAUUCAUCAAAUUGAUGCAGCACCUGACGUUGCGCCAAACGUACUCGUGGCGAAUCAUUUACACGAAACGCUCAACACAAUCGAAAAUUACAUUGAGGUGGGAUCGUUUCACGGUUCGAUCGAUCAAUUUUAUGGCCUAAUUGGAGAAUGUUCGCUGGCGAGACCGGAAUCUUCGGUUUCGAAGUUGAUCUCAUAUUUGGCGCAGGAUAUAAUUCCCAUUAGGCAUUUAUGGUUUAGUAACCUUUAUAACUUGUUGCAAAAGUAUUAUCGACAAGAGACUAGAACCAAUGUUCGCCUGAAGACGCUAAGUGUUCUCUCAAAAGUGAUUAAAUUGAACAGAUAUGAAUAUGAGGACGAAUUAAUAGACAGAAUCGUGGUGCCACACCUAAUUCAUACCGCUGGCGAUCAGGAUCCAAUAAUACGCUCUGCCGUCGCCGAGUUACUGCUCGAUUUGUGUUACGACUGCGAAUCUAAAAGAUGCUUGGAGCUAUUAGAUAUCUUAGAGAAGCUGCUUCUGCGCCCCUACGAUCAAUAUUUAGGCGACAUAUCUGCGAACGAAGGAGACACGUCGGACAUGAAAAGCCUAGUGACUGGUUUAAUAAACGUUUUUGCUCAUAAGAUUUAUAGAUUGCCAUCCAUUCACGCUGUUAGAAUUUAUAUGAUGCUUGUUACAUUUCUCGAGCAUCACUAUAGCAAACCGAAGAUAUUUGAAGACUGUUAUCAUCUGCGAUACAAGAUACUGGAAUGUUUUCUAAAAAUGCGUGCGGAUUCGUUAUACCACGUUGGCUGUUCCGAUUCGAAUGGAAAGCUUAAGUACAGCGCAUACUUGUGUAUUACCUACAGUGGAACCGAGCGCGGACCAAUGGGUUCCCCUCCGCCAAUGUCACCCGCGGUUUCGCUUCCAGCCCCCUGCAUAAUCACAUACGUACCUCUUCGUCCCGCAUUCAAACUCAUUAUCACUUGCCUGAAACAGGAGAAAGAUUGGGAAGUCCUCCAAAUGGUACUGCAAGCUAUUCCGGUAGCUUUACAGAAUAAGUCGCUUAUUUUAACGAAGCAGGGAAAUAAUGAAGUUGAUUUGUUGGUUGACGCACUUUGUGCAAUGAUUACUGAUAGAACCUUAUUUUUACCGGACUCCCUACGAAACACGGUUAAGCCCAACAGAACGGACUUUCACAUAGCGGUACUGUUGGUCCUGGCGAGUCUAGCAUCCUACCACAGUUACUUAGAUCCCGUCCAUCAGCAGAAGAUGAUCCGUUGGCUAGUCAAGUACGGAUUGGUCCCCAGGUGCUCGCGCCAGUGCAUUGCGGCGUUAACCAUUUGCACUUUGGAAAUGAAAGAUGUUAUGGUCAAACUGCUGCCGGAAGUCCUACUGGAUUUGUCCAAAAUAUCGUCGACAGUUCACAUCGCGAUACCCGUUUUGGAGUUUUUGUCUACACUCACUAAGCUGCCCGACGUUUUCGCCAAUUUCGUCGGCGACCAGUACAUGGCAGUGUUCGCCAUCUCACUGCCGUUCACAAACCCCUUCAAGUACAACCACUACAUCGUGUCUCUGGCGCAUCACGUUAUCGCCGUCUGGUUUCUGAGCUGCCGACUGCCCUUUCGUCGCGAGUUCAUCACGUACAUCUCGAAAGGUCUGCAAACGAAUGUUCUGGUUCCGUUCGAGGAGGGUACCCUACGGACCGACCUGAGCAAGCUCAAUGAGGACAGUUCGAAUCGCAAACGCAGCUCUAGCCUGACGGAGCAGAGCUCGAGACGCCGCGAGCGGGCUAGUACGAUCGCCCGAUCCGAUGGCAAGGUCACGUUGGACUUUCGGCAAAUCAACGAUAGAACUCUGCAAACCUUCUAUGAGGAGCUAACGGAAACGUGUCAGGAUUUGAUGGCACGUUAUACGUUUUCGUCAUGCAGUGCACUACCUCGAAGAUCGCCUACGACAGAAUACAUACUAAGCGGUGGUCAUUCGACGACUUGGUUUCUGGGAAACAAACUCAUAACAAUAACGACAAGCGGCUGCACGCAAAAGGCGCUUAGAAACGGUCUGUGCGAUAAGUGCUUGACUAUGUGCAGACUUGACCGCCUAAAAUCGCCCGAUGUGGACCGUAACAUUCCGCUAGUUGGCCGAAGUAACAGUAGCGACAAGGACAAGGAUGACUCCAACAGUUCGCGCGUCACCAGACAGAAUUCGGGCGAGAAAUCCAAUAAUAACACGUCGACGAGCUCACCAUUGGAGGACAAUAAAGAGUUAACCGACAAGUUGGAGCAGUUACCUUCGAAGCUGCAACAGCUGAUGUCGAUCGACGGUAAACCGUCCGCGAAACAGGCUUGCGUCUGCUGGUGCCAAGGUUGGGCGGAAAUCUACGUGAGAAGAGCGACCGGUGACAUGUCGUGGAUUAUGCGAAUACAAAAUCAGCUCUCACAACAGCUUAACAUAUGCGAUUAUCCGCUGAACGAAAUCUUGACGUUAUUCACGCCCUCUGUACAGCAGUGCGCCGAAGAAAUGGAAUCGACUGACAAUCAAUGCCAAUCGGAGUCUGUCGAAACUGGAAACCCCGACGAGGAAUUCAGUUCCACCGCCAGUAUGCCCAUAAGCAUUCCAGGUUCUCCCUGUAAGCAAUCGCCGUCCAGGCAGAGUUCGCGCGACAGCAUAGACGAGGACAUGGAAAAUAUUUACGAGGACGGGAGUAAGUCGCGAAAUCCGGUACGAAGGUCUAAUUCAAGUCCGGAAAUGUCGUCCAAUUGGAAGAAUCCCUUCUUGCAGAAGCAGGAACGCGACCGUGACGAAUCGCGCACGCAAGACGAGGAGAAUACGAAGAAAAUGAAGACUUAUACAAAGGAUAUGAGAGUUAGCUGUGAGGCAAUUCCCGAAGAAAUAUCAGGAAUGGGAACCACACCUCCGUCUACUGAACCAGUAUCAAAUGCAAAGGAGCAACACCCAGCAUUACUCAGCUGUCACAGUUACCCUGGCUCGACUCCACCACCAGAUCAAACAGUCGCAUCAAAAGCUGCUCACACUGUGCCACCAUCACCAAACAUCAUACAUACAACGUCCCCGUUAACUCUGCCUAUAAUGCAAUCACAAAAUCCACGACUGUCGACCAUGCACUCCAGUUCCUCAAAAUCCUCCAAAAGCGAAUCGACGGAUAGCGUUAAUUCAGAGAAAGGCAUAGAAAGACCAACUUCCCUUUCGAGCCUUCCGAAUUUACCGCCUUUGUCCGCGAAGCCGCCGCAAAGUCCGACGCAAACCUCCCCGCGUCUGCCACGUCACGUGCACGCGAAAGACGGUCACGAGAUACAAAAGAGCUCAAGUCUCAAUCUGGAGCGCACGCAUUCCCUUAAGGGGAAAGAAAAAAAGAGCGGCAGCAACGAGAAACUCAACCAGCUCGAUCUAAGCCAAGGACAGAAGCGCGAUCGCGGCUAUACCAUUUCGGUCAUGAGCAACAUUCGCAAGCCGCGACUGGACAAUUUGCGUCACACUAUAUCGACGCGUCCGAAAGACGCGCCGAAAAGCGGUAACAUUCCCAGCUUCGUUUUUCUACAGUUGUACCACUCGGCGGAAUUCGGAAGUACGACCGAGAAACCGCUGCUCGUCACGUCGAGCCAGGUCGUGCAGCGCGCGGUUAAGGUGCUCGACUGCAUACCGCCCUACGAAACUCACAGGAUCGGCGUCAUCUACGUGCGAGAGGGACAGUGUAAUAACGAAACGGAAAUAUUACGAAAUCCUUACGGAUCGGUGCGUUACGUGAACUUCUUGCAAAACCUAGGCACGCUAAUUAAGCUGCAAGACGUCGAUCCGCAAGUCAUCUUCCUGGGAGGUCUGGAGCAAGACGGCAACGAUGGUAAAUUCACUUACAUAUGGCAGGAGGACGUCAUUCGUGUCGCCUUUCACGUUGCCACACUCAUGCCCAACAAGGACUCGGACCCGAACUGUACCAGUAAAAAGCUUCACAUCGGUAACAACAACGUUACAAUCGUGUACAACGAAAGCGGCGAUGAUUACAACAUUAACACGAUCAGAGGGCAAUUUAAUUUCGCCUGCAUUAUCGUGCAACCGUUAGAUCACAGCACUAAUAAGGUUACGAUCAAGAUAAAAGACGAGCUCAUCGAGCUGAUGGGAACUAGCGAACCUAAGAUUAUCUCCGACAAAAACGUUGCAAUACUUGCUCGUCAACUUGCGUUACAUGCUGAUUUGGCCUCUCUUGUAUCCCGAUCUUUGAAAAGCCAAUCGUCAGAUCCUUACGCUUCGAACUGGUUGGAACGCUUGAGAAAGAUCAAGAACGUACGUACGAAAAUUCUAGCUGAGGCUCCAAAGAAGGAAUCAGGGCCUGAUGAUGGGGUUACAAGACAGCCAAGGCGUAUGGAGGAUUUUUCUGAAUAUGCUUAAACAAUUGAUUAUUAUUAUGUUAUAUCUUUAUGUUGUUUUAAUUAUAAUUGUAUAAGACUU